CAAAAGUGGGGGACUUGAACCUGAGAGGUGGUAGUUAGUGGUCAGAUUAAUAAACCAGACCAAAUCCAUUCCAAAAUCAUUCAACUCAAUUCAUUUCUCUCUUAAUUUUUUUUUCCCAAGAAAAUUCUAAAAUUUGCUGUUGCAUAAUCUUCUUUUUUCUUUACUUUUGCUGCUAAAUUCUUCCUCAACCUACGCGUUUCUCUUUCUUCCUACCCGCAACUUUCGCUCACUCGCUUUCUUUCUUUCUUACCCUUCCUACUUUUUGCUAGCUCAAGCACACCCCUCAAAACCCUGUUAAUUUCUUCAUUAAAUUCCCCCAUUAUAAUUGAUUUUCUUAGAUCAAUCUACUGUUAACCACUUGAUUCUUCAUCAAUUUUUCUGGUUAGUGAAAUCCAUCGUGUACUUAGUAUACGGCAUCUUGAGGAGUAAAACAUGAGCUGUUUCGGCUGCUGUGGAGAUGAUGAUUAUCAGAGAGGAGGUGAUAAUGGGGCAUACAUGACAAAUAAUCCAGCUGGCAAUCAUGCCCCAUAUCCAGCAAGAGAAGACAAGCCAAAGGAUACACAAACCGUAAAUUUUCAGCCUCCUGCGGUUUCUCCAAUUACCGUAGAUGAAUUGAAAGAAGUUACAGAUAAUUUUGGAACGAAAGCUUUGAUUGGUGAGGGAUCUUAUGGAAGAGUGUAUUUUGGUACUCUAAGAAGUGGACAAGCUGCUGCCUUGAAAAAAUUAGAUUCCUGUAAACAACCUGACCAAGAAUUUUUAGGACAGGUGUCUAUGGUUUCAAGACUUAAACAUGAAAAUGUGCUUGAGCUUGUUGGCUAUUGUCUUGAUGGCAACUUUCGGGUCCUUGCAUAUGAGUACGCUGCAAAUGGUUCCCUACAUGAUAUUCUUCAUGGAAGGAAAGGUGUCAAAGGAGCACAACCCGGUCCUGUCCUCUCAUGGGCACAAAGAGUUAAAAUUGCUGUUGGGGCAGCCAAAGGCCUUGAGUAUUUGCAUGAGAAAGCUCAGCCCCAUAUUAUACAUCGAGAUAUUAAGUCCAGCAAUGUACUUUUAUUCGACGAUGAUGUUGCAAAAAUUGCUGAUUUCGAUUUAUCAAAUCAAGCUCCCGAUAUGGCAGCACGUUUACAUUCCACGCGUGUUCUCGGAACUUUUGGAUACCAUGCUCCAGAAUAUGCUAUGACGGGACAAUUAAGCUCAAAGAGUGAUGUCUAUAGCUUUGGUGUUGUUCUCUUGGAGCUCUUAACAGGGCGCAAACCUGUAGACCAUACUUUACCUCGUGGACAACAGAGUCUUGUGACAUGGGCAACUCCAAAACUUAGCGAAGAUAAGGUAAAGCAAUGUGUUGAUCCAAGACUAGGUUCAGAUUAUCCUCCCAAGGCUAUUGCAAAGAUGGCCGCUGUUGCUGCUCUCUGUGUGCAGUAUGAAUCCGAUUUUCGUCCAAACAUGAGCAUAGUUGUCAAAGCUCUUCAACCUUUGUUAAGGGCCAAUGAAGCUUCACAUGCAUAAAAUCCCCGCUUGCCAAGGAAAUGAGAAAUUUGUAUAAGUAUAUUACAUUGAUUUCUUUCAUAUGUGAUUCAACAAUAGUGAGAUGUAUUCUGUUAAAAUUGAUUCUUGUAAACUGCUGUAACCUGUAAGUCUGUAAUGCAUAGAAUAUUGUUCCUAUAACAUAAAAAUCUUCCACCUUUAGGCAGUGUUUUCUCAUGUUAUGUUUGUUGAAGGGGGUCAUUUUUCUUCUUAA